GGAUGAUCUUCUCAAUCUAAUGCUUUCUUUCUAUUGUUUUAAUGUCUGAUAAAAACAAGAUUAAACUAACUAAGAUAAUUCAACUAUAAAAAAUUCAAAAAUUAAUAAAUCUUUAAGAAAAGAUGUCUUAUAAAAUACGGAUUCUCAAUCAGCCAUCAAUUGGCAGACAAUCAACAAAUGCUGCAACGAGAUAUCUAAGAGGAAAUUUUAUUAUUGAAGCUUCAUGUGUUGAUAUUCAAGGAAACAUAUUAUAUGAUCCACACAGACAAUAUUUAGCCAUUUAUGCUUGUUUGCUAGAUGUUAAUGGUAAUAUUUACCAAGAUCAAACUAUUUUGGAUGGUGUUAAAAUUGUUGGAUAUGGCAAUGGAAAAGAUGCUAAUUCUUCUUCUUGCAUUUUUACUUUUAAUUCAAUUGGUAUCAAAAGGAGUGGUUCAUAUAGAGUUAGGUUCAGUCUUGUGAGAAUUCUCCCAGCUCAGCAUGGUGUAACUUUAAGUUCUAUUGAUAGUGGCAUCAUUAAUGUUUAUUCAUCCAGGAAGUAUAAUGCAAUUGCAAGUCAAAGAUCUACUUAGAAGAGAUUUCAUUCAUAACCUAUGAGUUUCUAAAUUAACAAUACUAUCUACUGCGUUGUACUAUAUACUAUAUACCGUAUAUUUAUAUUUAU